AUGGUGAUUCCACCGGCAGUGAGACCACCACGUCUCUUCGACUACCUCAAACCUUACGUCUUGAAAAUGCACUUCACGAACAAGUUUGUUCACGCCCAAGUCAUCCACUCUCCAACGGCCACGGUGGCUUGCUCAGCGAGCUCACAGGAGAAAGCGUUGAGGGAAACGAUGGAGGUCACACGCGACGUGGCCGCUGCUGCAAAGAUUGGCAAAAUCCUUGGGGAAAGGCUGUUGAUGAAAGAGAUUCCAGCUGUUACUAUUCACAUGAAGAAAGAGCAGAGGUAUCAUGGUAAAGUCAAGGCUGUGAUCGAUUCCGUCAGGGAAGCUGGCGUCAAAUCAGUCGAGAAAGAUGGGAAGAUGUUUAACCAAGAGGUUGUUUCUGAUUCACAGUCCGAUCCUGUUUCUUCAUCUCCUGAUCUCCUUCUCGUCCGAACACAAUGUUUUUCAGGUGCAGUGAAACCGGAUUCGAAAGGAGUAUGCGUUUCUAAAGGAGGGAGGUUUUCGCCGUAUGAAUCAGAAGGAAAGCCUCCUAAAUCCGUUGGUAGAGGAUCAAAAGACUUAACUAUGUGCCGGGUGUUUCGUAAGAGGACUUGUUGCUCUCCUGCUCAGACAAACCCUGCUUUCGUAGCUGUCAGAAACUUGGCUACUUAUGGAGAAGCUAGUCAAGAUUGCCUUCAUUUGUUUGAGUUAUUGGAGUGUUCAAUCUGUAACCCGAACGUUGGUAUUCAACCUGGUCCUCCUCGCAUUUGCGCUUCCUUCUGUGACAAAGUCUUUGAAGCUUGCAAAGACGCAUACUUCGCCAGUAAUGCACUUACGCAGGCUAUUGGUCCCUGUGGAGCAAACGACGACAUCGUCUGCGUUAAGGCCUCAAAUUGGGAGUCCAACGGCACAGCAUUCUGCGAAGCAGCUGGUUUUUCCGUUCAAGCGAAUGAUGAUUCCAGAGAAAAACCGUGUUACGGAAGCAAAGCGAGUCUAGAAUCAGUGGUGGAAUCAUGGUCGAGAGACUCGAGGAAGAAGAAGACCCCUUCAAAGACUGAGACUUUGUCAUGUUUUAAAGAUCUUUUGCAAUGGGUUCGCGUAAUGACAACGAUUCAGAAGAUUUCUUUGGGACUGUCAUUUCUUGUAGCGGGAAUGUUCUUGAUCAGGCAGUGGAAUCACCGUAAUCAGAAGCAGCGGCUAGCUGCGAUCCAGAGAGCCGCCAGACGAUUGGGAGGGAACGUGAACGGGAAUUCAUACAGUGCAGCUAUAAAUAGAAGAAUAGUUCAAAGUUGA